GUUCAGGCGUGUCGAGGCAGAUCGUGAUUUCUGGGAAAGAAGUCAGUCAGAGGAAGCGUGGAAAGUCAAGUGGCCGUUCCACAAAGCCCGAUCUGAGAGGAUGAAAGAGGAAUGUGGGCGGCCCAUGUCAGAUGCCUUGAAGUCUGUGCGACGAGUUUCAGGCUUCACUUCCUGCUCGGUGCCGUCCGUCAUCACCUGUCAGGUAGGAUAGGUGUUGCACUGAGCGCUAAGACAGCACACACACUGAGGUUUUUCCUCAGACAGAGUUUGACAGGCUGCGGAACUACUGAGGCUGAAAGGGGGACUGAUGAAUCUUUACAGGAGUUUUGGGUGUUUGCUGGAGACCUGGGUGGCUGAGGGUUACCUGGUUGAACAAUCAAGCUCAGCAGAGGGUUCAGAAAAAAAUUUAGACCCGAACGGCAGUGACUCUACAUCUGCAGACUCCCUGAGACUCACAGGAGUUGCUCUCAGGUCUGAAUCUGAGGACUCUGGAGUGGAGUUGCCAUCAGUGGUCAGCCCUUUGACCUCCCAGCACCGUGUUCUGACCUCACAGGCUUCACAGCUAGGAGAGGAUGAUUUACAACCGCCAUCUUCCUCACCAGCUCUUUCUCAGUGCUCCUCAUCCUCAUCAUGUUUCUCAGCAGUGCACAAGGGAAGUUUAAAUCCAUCUGAAACAGCUGGGCUGAAGGUCGAGGAGGCACUGCGGAGAACAGAGCCAGCCUGGAGGAGAAGUGUGAACGGUAGCCUUCGACGUCGGUGUAACACAACUUCAAUAUCUAGCGGUUCUCUUAAAGCCUCUAUACGCUCCAGAGUUGGAAGCAUAGGGCCGGGAAGGCCUUACGUACAGCCAGCUGAGGAGCAGAGAUCAUCAGAAACUCCCAGAGUAACACACACACCGCAGCAGCCUGCUAUCUGUAAGAGAGAGCCAGAAACGCAGGCUGCACGUGCCACUGGGCCUGAGUGGGACCAUCUGCCUCCUGGGUUUCUCUACCUGGAGCAGAUGUGCCGGAUGCUGGAGGAGAUCGCCCGGCUGAAAAGGGAGAACCACAGCCUGCACCUGGUGAUAAAGAACAGCCGAGAUGAGACAGCAGACACGGAGAUGAAGGCUGUCUGCACGCAGAAAGCUGAUAUCAACUCCACAGACGUUGAGAAGCUUGACUUCCAGGAGGCCGAGGAUCAACCAGGACUUUCUUCUGAGGCUUUCCGUCGAAGGAGUGUGUCUGAUACGUGGACUUUUAUCAGAAAGCGAAGUAAAUCUAAAGCACCUCGAGCUGAAUACUUCCCAUCUACAGACGCUUUACUGGAAGAGCCUGAAAACCCACAGCUGGUAAGAGGAAAGCCGGUUGAAAUGGAGCAUCGGAAGGCGAGUAACAGCCUGAAACAGAAGAUUAGCUCACUCAGAUGGAAUGAAAAGUCAAACCCAGCCAAGAGCAGCAGCUCACAAAAUGAGAGCAAGAGGACACUCGGACAACUGUUCAAGAGCAGAAGAAAGACCACGCGGUUCUGAACCUCUACUCAAAUGAGGACAUCACA